UGCCCAUCACCGGCACCAUGUGGAGCGCCCUGUACGGAGCGCUGGUGGUCGCGGCCGUGACGGCCGUCUGCGGCGGCUACAGUGAGGACUUUUUCUCGUCGACAUCUCGGCUGGAGCAGCUGGUGGGCCAGGAGGAGGUGGUGGUGGACAAGUUGGAGCGGUACCUGGAGGAGGCCUACCACAGCCUGGAGACGGUGCGCAGCUAUGUGACGUCGUUCCGGGAGAUGCGGGCCGGCUCGUCGAUCCACCACCCGGUCGAGGCGUUCCUCAUGCUGCGGCGGCUCACUGUCGACUGGGACAUCGUCGAGGACGACCUCCGACGACAGGCCAACCAGACGCAAGAGACUCUGCGCUCGAUCGGCGGGUUCCGGGCCGACCGGCCGUUCCCAGAGGUGGAUGACCUGCACGGGGCGGCCGUGGCGCUCAUCCGACUGCAGGACACCUACCAGCUCAACAUGACCCAGCUGCCACGGGGACACAUCGCCAGCUUCGGCCCCGAGCCGGCCGCAGAGUUCCAGAGCGCCCAGGAGCUGACGGCGCGCGACUGCCUGUUCAUCGGUCGACACGCGUUCAGCCGCGGUCUGUACGACGCCGCUAUCGAGUGGUUCGAGGCGGCCCUGUGGCGGACAGAGGAGGAGCCGGAGGGCGCCGUCACGGCCACACGGGACGAGAUCGAGCCGCUGCUCACAUCCACCAUCAAACUGCACGACUCGGUGCUGGAGGAGCAGGGUCCGCGCGGUGAGGACUGGCGCACCAACCCGGUACCGAUCGACCGCCGACUGGCCGAGCAGGAGCGGUACCAGCCGCCGCGCCUGGCGGUGUUCCGGCCGCGGCUGCACCAGCCGCAGGCAGAGGCGGAGGAGGAGGAGCACUACCAGAGACUCUGCAGAGGCGAGAGACUCCGGUCCCCAGAGGAGGAGGCCGACCUCAGCUGUCACCUGACCUCCAACGGCAGUCCGCUGCUGCUGCUGUCACCGCUGCGGGUGGAGGUGCUCAGCCGUCAGCCCUACAUCGUGAUGCUGCACCAGCUGGUGACGGAGACAGAGGUCAGCCAGUUUCAGGAGCUGGCCGGACCGCGGCUGGCCACCUCCCGACACCGCCACCCGGACGGAGAGUUUGUGGCCAGCAUGAGUCGCAUCAGUAAAAACGCCUGGAUUCCGGACGACGAGGACCCGACGGGAAUGCUGGCGAGGGUCACUCGGCGCGUGGCAGCCUCUAGCGGACUGAAGUGCGACAACGACAUGGCCGCCGAGGCAUUCCAGGUCGCCAACUACGGUAUCGGCGGUCUGUACGUGACCCACACGGACCACCACAUGGCGGAGGUGCCGCGGGGGCCGCACGCGCACUGGGAGACGAUGAUCGGCGACCGGCUGGCCACCUGGAUGGUCUACCUCUCGGACGUGCCGGCCGGGGGUGCCACUGUGUUCCCGCGAGCCGGCGUCACCGUCUGGCCCGAGAGGGGCAGCGUGGCGUUCUGGUGGAACCUGAACGCCGCUGGAAAGGGGGACGACGACACGCGACAUGCCGCCUGUCCAGUGCUGCACGGCAGCAAGUGGGUAUCGAACAAGUGGAUCCACUACAACGAGCAGUUCCGAACGAAGCCCUGCGGGCUGACCCCGGACGCUAUUCACCAAACGCCCUGAACACCGAGCGCGAGCGACGCCCUGGGAGCGCCUCAGAAGACACUCAUCAACGCCCUGGCGCCCUGGGAGCCUCGAGGACGCCCUCACCGCCGAUCGGCGCCCAAUGGAAAGACGCCUGACGCCCCAGCAGAUGCUCUAACCGACGCUAGGGCGCUCGCCCUCACCGCCGAGCGGCGCCCAGUGGACAGACUUACUGACGUCCUGGCGCCCAGCAAAGGUUCUAACCGACGCUAGGGCGCUCCAUAGGCCCUCAGACUGGUGACGGGUGGAAGGUAGCUGUCACGUGACUGCAGGUUCUUUUAUGGCAGACAAGACGGCGACAGACAAUAAGUGUCUGGCCCCUGACUGAGCCAAGAAGUAACGUAGAAUGGGCCGGCAGCAGGAGAUUGACGGUGAGUGGACAUUGUCAGCAACGGGCACCACUACCCGUGAGCACUGGGCAGCACCAGCCUCUUGUCACGGGGAACGGACCGUUCAGCAUUACACGGGGCGGAGUUGAUCAGGUGACUGAAAUCAAAUACCGCUCAAGCAGUUAAGUUCAUUGGUGUUGGUCCGUGUGUCUCUUCCAGUGGGUUAAAGUCGGCCGUUGGCUGAGAGUCAGCGGGAUAAUUGUUGAGGACACAUGAGAAGGAGUCACACAGCAGUGACUGCGUGAGACACCUGGUCACGACUACUUCAGGCUGGGUGAACUGUGACUUUCUUACACAACUGAUUGAAGAACAUCUGCAACGUUUGAGGGGCACGAUUGAAUUUCUUGAGAUUUAGGGGACACAACUAAUUACCGGUGACAUAACCCCACAACCUGCUUGCUUUUUUAGUGUUUCAUCUUAAAACACGUUUUCCAGCCUUUUAUUUCUUGUGAGUGUACAUAAUGUUUUGUUUUCAUUUGGGCAAUGAACUAGCUAGCUGUGAUGGGAUGCGAAGAGCUAGCAGUGAACUGACACAGCCAGAGCUGUGAAUGCGUGCAUCGAGCGAAUGUUUAUGUAUUUAUUAGAUGUGUUUGUGCGUGUGCUUGCGUUAAUUCUCGGAAUGUAACUCCCGCAAGUGUGUGGAGGACGGGGUGGGGGCGGGGUUGGGCAGGGAGUGGGGUGUAGACCCGUGGUCAUUUCCUAACCACAUCAAUAACGUUAUGCAUCCCAGUGUGACUUUUUAAAUGCUACGCGACUCGAGCAAAAUGAGCUCCCGUUGCAAGUGGUAGCUCUGAGUGUUAUUAGUACGGUGAGUGUAAAUAUUGGGCAGCGGCCUCUAGAUCCUUGGUCGCCUGCUGUUGUUAUUGUUAUUGUUAUUGUGCAUUGUUAGCUCAGGUGUUCGCAAUUUAUAUGAACAAAUAAAACCGUCAUUAUGGUCUCGAAAACCGAACGGAUCAAAAGGCUACAGGGAAAAUAAUGAGAAUAACGGUAACAUUCUUCUAUGUUCGAUCCCAAAAGUGUGCAAUAAAUUAGCCGGCAUAAUACUUAAUGUAGUUAUUUGUGGUACAUUCCUUGCAAAAUCACCAACCACGUACCACAGAAGCUAUCGUGUGUUAUCGUAGUUCUAUCAUUAUUGGCGGGCAUCCCAUCCAAUUGCAGAAAUAAACAUGUUACAAACCA